AUGCGCGAGAUUGUACACAUGCAAGUGGGUCAAUGUGGAAACCAGAUCGGUGCGAAAUUCUGGGAAGUAAUAUCUGAUGAACAUGGGAUUGAUCCAACCGGGGCGUACCAUGGUGAUUCAGAUUUGCAACUGGAAAGAAUAAAUGUCUACUUUAAUGAAGCCUCUGGAGGGAAAUAUGUUCCACGUGCAAUACUGGUUGAUUUGGAGCCUGGAACUAUGGACAGUGUGAGAGCUGGGCCAUUUGGCCAAAUAUUCCGUCCAGAUAAUUUUGUAUUCGGUCAGAGAGGAGCUGGGAACAACUGGGCGAAAGGUCAUUACACAGAAGGUGCUGAAUUGGUGGAUUCUGUUCUGGAUGUUGUACGCAAGGAGGUUGAGUCCUGUGAUUGCUUGCAAGGCUUUCAACUGACACAUUCUCUAGGAGGUGGGACAGGUUCUGGUAUGGGAACUUUGUUGAUUUCUAAGAUUCGUGAAGAGUAUCCUGAUAGAAUUAUGAACACUUUCUCUGUCGUUCCGUCGCCUAAGGUCUCCGAUACUGUUGUAGAACCGUACAACGCAACGCUUUCCGUCCAUCAACUGGUUGAAAACACUGAUGAAACAUUCUGUAUUGAUAAUGAGGCCCUUUAUGACAUUUGUUUCCGAACACUAAAACUAACAAAUCCGACAUAUGGGGACCUGAAUCACUUGGUCAGUGCAACAAUGUCUGGUGUAACAACUUGUUUACGAUUCCCUGGACAACUGAAUGCCGACUUACGCAAAUUAGCUGUUAAUAUGGUUCCGUUUCCUCGACUUCACUUCUUCAUGCCUGGAUUUGCACCACUUACAAGUCGUGGGAGCCAGCAGUACCGAUCUCUCACAGUUCCAGAAUUAACCCAACAGAUGUUUGAUGCAAAGAAUAUGAUGGCUGCUUGUGAUCCUCGACAUGGACGCUACCUGACAGUUGCUGCUAUGUUUCGUGGACGUAUGUCCAUGAAGGAGGUUGACGAACAAAUGCUCAAUGUUCAAAACAAGAAUUCAAGUUAUUUUGUUGAGUGGAUCCCGAAUAAUGUAAAGACAGCAGUCUGUGACAUCCCACCACGUGGUCUUAAAAUGUCGGUCACAUUUAUUGGAAAUAGCACUGCUAUUCAGGAAUUGUUUAAGCGUAUUUCGGAACAGUUUACUGCCAUGUUUCGUCGAAAGGCAUUUUUGCAUUGGUAUACAGGCGAAGGAAUGGAUGAGAUGGAGUUCACUGAAGCUGAAUCCAAUAUGAAUGAUUUAGUCAGUGAGUAUCAGCAAUAUCAGGAUGCUAUUGCUGAUGAAGAAGGGGAUUUUGAAGGAGAGUUGGAAGAGCCCUGACAUUUAGUAACUUUUUAACCAUGCUUUAUUCCUUUUAAAAUGUUCACUUCCCAAGUAUAGUAAGUUGCCUGAUUAUAUAAUAAACAAUUUUUCGAAUAA